CUCCAAGUUAUAGUUACGUUUAAUAGUACGUUAAUAGUCAUAAAUAUAUAAAAUUAAUUAUUUUAAAAAUAAAUAAAUAAUAUUAAAGCUAAAAUUUUAAUUUAUAAAAUAUGGAUAAUAAACGUGUUAUACGGGUUUUAUACGUGUUUAGUACGGGAUACAUCAAAUGAACAGGAAAAAAUGAAAUGGCUUGACAAUAAUACGAAUACGAAAGUUUUAAACGAAUAAAAUACGUACGGAUACAUAUACAUAUAUUAAACGGAGUAUUUACUAACUAACCACCUCGAGAGUGAAACGCUUUAUCAAAAUCGUUAGGUAUAUUAUUCUUAUUCUUUAGUAAUCCAGUUAAUUAAUUAUUAAUACUUAUUGUUUUGGGAAAGAAGAAGCCUAUUCGGGUUAGGAAAAGGAUUUGUAUGGUCUAGGGCUCUUUUGUAAGUUAAGUUAAGCCGAUCGACGAAAACAUUCUUCCUUUCCUCCAAGUUCCACUUGUUUCAGCAAGAGAAUGGUUAAAGCUGUCAGAGGAUCAGGAAGCAGAGGAGGAGAAGACGGCGAAGACAGAAUCUCCCAACUUCCUGAAGAAAUCAUUCACUCCAUCCUCAAUCGCCUGAAAUCUUCAGAGGAAGCUGCUAAGACCAGCGUGCUGUCGAGAAGAUGGCUCCAACUGUGGCGACGUUACCCUUUCUUCCAGUUCAAUCUCUCCAAAUCAAAAAACAAUUUCCACAGCUUCGUUGCCUCCAGUUCUAGGAAAUUGCUGCCUUGGUCGUCUUCGGACUCGGGCCACAGCUGUUGUGCGACAAUUCAGGAUUUCAGAAUCUCACUUCGCGAGUAUGAUGAUGAUUUUCCGGAGGAGGAUCUCGACCGGUUGCUCUCGUUAAUCGCAGAUCAUGCUAAUGGAUUAUCUCCAGUUAAGUUUCUGCUUCAUGUCCAGCAAUUGAGAUCUUAUCCCAGCAGCUACAGUUUGCGGUGGGUUCCCAAUUGGACCCGCACAAAAUCCGUCUCCCUCAGUGGUUGCGAUCUCACCUCUGUUACUGCGGCUGCUGCUGCUUUCGGCGAUCAGGAUAAUCACAGUAAUGGUUUGGCUUAUCUGGGCAGCCUCGAGCGCCUCAGCCUGGUAAAUGUCAAUCUCAGUGAGCAGCUUCUCCACUGGUUUCUGGACAAUGCUCCCCGCCUCAUGUGGUUGAGUCUGCGGAUAGUUUAUGGGAUUGAUAAGCUGGAGGUGGUCUCUUCUCCACUGCUCCAAUCAUUGCAAUUGUGUUGCAUCAGUAGAAGCAAGAAUCGCUCCGAGAGAAUGCGCAGGCUGAGGAUUUCGUCUCCAAAGCUCAAGAGGCUGUUGAUGUGGUCGGGGUUGGAGGAGCUUGAGAUUGAUGCUCCUGAUCUCGUUAGUCUCUUCUGGACAGUUUUUCCUGAUGACCCCGUCACCAAGGUUAAUCUCGUCAAUUUGGCAUCUACUUGCCGGUCCGAAAUUCGCGUGUCUUCGCCGGCCAUCAGCUGUUCACCACAGUGGUUGAGGGUGUCCCUCUCCGCCGCAUUCAGUCAAUUGCAACGUCUAAACUUGGUUUUCUACUUUUCUAUUGACUUAGUACUGGAAAAGGUGUGGUUUGAUUUAAGCCAAGCUGAAUAUGAUUUCGCACCUCGAGCGAUUGAUCAAGUGAGAUUUGUGGCAACUUGGUCGUACAUUCUUAACAAUGAUGCAGCUGCGCGAUUUUUGGAGCUUUUCUUUUCAAUUUGCCAUCCUGAAUUCAUGUCGAUCAAUGUUUGCCACGACGGCCAUCAGCGGGUCGUUCAGUACAUGUGCGAUGAAUAUUUGAUGACCGGAUCUCCUGACGGCGUGAAUAUUGCCACAUCUUGGAGGCAUCAUUUGACAGAUAUGAAGAUAAAGGAUGAAAUUACUGGUGAUGUGAUGGAGAUUUCCGAAGACACGAUUUCUUCCCUCGCCAAUCGAAAGACUGUUCGUUUUAUGUUCACGUGGUGUUAGCUUAGGUUACAGAACUUUUGAAAGCUAACGAUGGGGGUUGUCGUUGGAGGAGUUUGAAAUUGAUACUCCAGACCUUGCUUAGGUCAAUAUUGUCAAUUCGAAAUCUCAAUGUCGGUCUAUAGUUCAUGUAGUUUUCUGGGUUCUCAGUUCUCACCACAAUCAUUUAGGUUGUCCCUCUCUACUACAUUCUAUAAAUUUCGCAUCAAGAACUUGGUUUUCAACUAGGGUUUUCAUUUCUUCUAGGGGCGGGCAUUGGUGCGAUACGGGCCGCACCGCAUCGUAUUGAUAUAAACCACACCGUAUACUAUUCUAAUAGCUGUGAAAGCUACUGAAUUUUUGAGGUAUCGUUCUAUGAAGUAUAGAAUGAUAUUACUGUCGAGAGAUGUGGAGAUAUAAGAUCCAAAAGAUAUAAUUUCAUCCCUUGCAAAACAAGAGAAGGUUAGGUUCAUUUUGACAUGGUAUAUUAUACCUAGGGCUGGCAAUUCGGUUGCCGGUUAGCGGUUAGUCGCCGGUUAUAACCGAAAACCGACAGAAACUGACUAACCGAAAACCGGCAAAAACCGACCUCGGUCGGUGUUCGGAUGCCCAUCAGAGGGCUCCGGCUAGCCGAAUAAUCGGGAAUGAUUAACCGCGACUAACCGGAUAACCGACCCUCACCGAAAAUCCCCUUCUCCCCAUCCCAAAAUUGCAGAAACCCUUCACCCCAAAUCAAAAAACCUAAUUCCAAAUUUCCAAUACCCUCCCCCAUCCUCCCCGCUAGACCGCCUGGCACCUGCUCCCCCGCCGACAAAUGCCAUCAACGCGCGACCCUAUCUCCACCACUCUGCCAUCAUCACCACCAACAAUCAUUGCCCCUCCAAACAAAAUAUUUUUUUAAUACAUGCAUUGAAUCAAUACAUAAAAUGACAAUACACAAAUUAAUUAAAUAUUGUUAUAAAACUAAUGGAAAUGUAAGCAACUACAAGAGAGGAUUGGAGGAGGAAAGACACAAAAGAAGUGAGGGGAAUAGUCCUUCUUAUUCAUACACCUUUGUGAUACAAUAGUGUGCUCUAUUUAUAGGCACCCUUUGGUAACCACUACACCCUUACAUCAAUGCAUAUAAAUUAGAGAUAAUAAUAUAGGAAUGGGAGUUACAUGUAACUCCCAAGUGAGCAUCUAAUGUGGUAGGCCAUUGGUCAUCCAAAUAUUAAUAUUUACAUAAUACUCCCCCUUGGAUGACCACUAUAUUGCAUUAUUACGCUAUCCCAUGCUGCCUCAUUAAAAACCUUACCAGGAAAACCCAGUGGGAAAAACCAUGGUUAAGGGAAAAAGAGUGCAGCGCGUAUAUGCUCCCCCUCAUGACCACAUCAGCUCAAGUCUUUGAGUCGUCGAACUCCAAUUUCACGAACAAGCUUUACAAAGAUUGUCGUCGGGAGUGACUUGGUGAAUAAAUCUGCUAGAUUCUCACUUGAACGAACUUUUUGAACAAUUAUUUCACCACUCUUUUGAAGAUCAUGAGUGAAAAAGAACUUGGGUGGAAUAUGUUUUGUUCUAUCUCCUUUAAUAUAUCCUUCCUUUAAUUGAGCAAUGCAUGCUGCAUUAUCUUCAUACAUGAUCGUCGGGACCAUUUUUCCUAGAGAUAGUCCACACGAUUCUCUGAUGUGUCGAAUUAUAGAUCUUAACCAAACACAUUCACGACUUGCCUCAUGAAUUGCUAGGAUUUCAGCAUGAUUGGAUGAUGUGGCUGUUAUAGUUUGUUUUGUGGAUCGCCACGAAAUAGCUGUACCACCACAAGUGAACAAAUAUCCUGUCUGAGAUCUACCAUUGUGGGGAUCUGAGAGAUAUCCUGCAUCUGCAUAUCCCACUAAAUCCAUCUUCGAUGCACUCGAAUAGAACAAGCCCAUAUCUGUCGUUCCUCGAAGGUAACGGAGUAAAUGUUUAACUCCAUU